GUUCAUAACAGGUUUCAAUAAAAGAAAUAAAAAUUGCGGCGAUACAGACAGCAGCUGGAAGCCGUGAUUGGCAGCUUGGAUGUUGUUCCGAGGGCUGCUAGAGAGUGCUGCUUACCAAAAGUCCAAAAUAUCCCCACUUCCGAGAAAGACGCGAAAGAAGAGGGAGCGACUGCAGACUGAACUGGGAAUUGACAAAGACCAGCAGCUAUAGCCCUGCCGUGUUAACGCAUUCAAUUCUGGGCGUAGCGUAAACCCUAAACCUCCAAUCGCAGCAGUUACUUCGAAAUAUCAUCCAUCGAAACAAAGAAAGAAAAAUCAUCCCUGUUUGAUCUAAUCGUGCCGGAGUGACAGGCCGGCUUUUUUAUUAUUUGAUCCACGUCCAUGGCUUCUUCAGAGAUCGAGGUCGUAUCGCCGACGGAAUCCACUGUCCUUAGACAGCAGGUGCAGAACGAGAGACAGCACGGUGCUCCGAACGGGACGGCGCCGGCAUCAGCGUCGAACGUGGUGAAUGUUCAUUCCGCUUCGGCUUACGGAGAUUUCGAGAAACUGCGCUUCUAUGUCGAACAAGAGGGCGCCUCCGUCUCCAUACCCGACGGCAACGGCUACUAUCCUCUUCAGUGGGCUGCUCUCGGAAACUUCACUCACAUUGCUCUGUUCAUUAUCGAGCAUGGGGGUGAUGUCAAUGCUGCUGACAACUCACAGCAGACUGCUUUGCACUGGGCAGCAGUUAGGGGCUCGAUUGCUGUAGCAGAUUUGCUUAUUCAAAGUGGAGCUCGGGUUGAGGCAGCUGAUGUGAAUGGUUACCGCGCAGUUCAUGUUGCUGCUCAAUAUGGACAAACUGCUUUCCUAAAUCACAUUGUCGCGAAGUAUCUGGCUGAUUUUGAUGCACCCGAUAGCGAUGGCAGGAGCCCUCUUCAUUGGGCUGCAUACAAGGGCUAUGUAGACACAAUCAGAUUACUUCUCUUUCGAGAAGCUAGCCAAGGAAGACAAGAUAAAGAAGGCUGCACCCCUUUACAUUGGGCUGCACUAACAGGGCAUGCAGAGGCAUCUUCUGUACUUGUGCAUGCCGGCACAAAGAAAGAGCUAGCUGUGAAAGAUAAGGCCGGAUUUACUCCUGCCGAGCUUGCAUCUGACAAGGGUCAUCGGCAAGUUGCCCAUUUCCUUUCUAAUGCACUGCUGACACAAAGCAAUAGUUUGGGAAAGAAAUUGUGUGGUCGGAAGAUGAGGGACAUUGGAUUUGCUCCAUUGUUGUUGUCCAUGAUCCUCACUUGUGUCUUUCUUUUCGUUAAUUCGGUCAUUGCAGCUCCAAGUUUCCCAAAGAUAACAGCUGCUAUUGGGAUUUGGGCAAUGAUUGCACUCUCUCUAGCUGUUCUGGCACUGAUCAUGUUUCGCCGCUGUAGUAGCAAAGAUCCUGGUUAUAUCAAAAGACAGGAGGAUUUGGAUAAACAUGCUAAUACAGAGGAUCCACUCUUAAAUUUUGAUUUCAACAACUCUUCUGUAUGGAUUGGAGACUGGUCUCAGCUUUGUCCAACAUGCAAGAUAAUUAGACCUGUUCGAUCCAAGCACUGUUCCACAUGUAACCGCUGCGUGGAACAAUUUGACCAUCACUGCCCGUGGAUAUCUAAUUGUGUGGGCAAGAGAAACAAACGAGAUUUCUUCAUUUUCGUAGUCUUAGGGUUCUUGACGUCAUUAGUCGGUGGUGCUGUUACACUUUACAGAGUCUGGACUGCGCUGCAAUUUUUUCAUGUAGAUGCAAACUGGCUUCGGUUUCUGGUGUUCCAACAUCCUGGGAUUAUUGCAUUUAUGGUUUUAGACAGCUUUAUUCUGCUUGCUGCUCUGACUUUAACCAUAGCACAGGCGUUGCAGAUAGCACGAAACAUUACCACGAAUGAAAUAGCAAAUGCCAAGCGUUACGGGUAUCUGCGAGGACCAGAUGGGAAGUUUCAGAAUCCAUACAGUCAUGGCUGCAGAAAGAACUGUGUCGAUUUCUUCAUCCAUGGAUAUUUGGACGAUAACCAUGUUGCUUGGCCUCCAUUGGAGCAGAUUGCCACUGUGAACCACUAACAAAGGCAAAUGAGAGUGACCCCCGUUCUGCAGACCCAAAGUCCCAAACACGGAUUGUAUUCGUGGAGCUGUAAAUUUCACUCGAGGAAAGCUACGUGUAUAGGUACAGUUCAAUUGUUUGCGUAUCUAUUUCAUUUAUGUACUGGAAAUAUAUACCAAAUAAGGACUGUACUCGUACUUGUGUUCAUGUGACCAUUCCGAUAAUAUGUGAUAUUUAUGCUAUAGUUUUUUUGUGGCAUGAUUUUCUUACCAAACU